UCACAUCAAGAAGCGAGGAUGGCGAACUCACGGCAAAGCCGAGGCAAACUUUGUGUGCGAGUUUUCAUUGACACAGUGUGCAUCGCUUUAGUUGCGAUCCCCAUCGGUCUGUUCACCCUGAUUGGUGUCCCGUACCACCGAGGGUUCUUCUGUAACGACGAGAGUCUGAAGCAUCCCUUCAUCGCUAGCACCAUCCCAACAUGGCUGCUGGGUGUGGUGGGCCUGGGACUACCCAUUCUGUGUAUUUUGGUCAUCGAAGCUCUUCAUGAGAAGAAAACCUCUUGUUUUGGGAUUGUUUCCACUGACCCAAAUGAACACACAAAAAGUUACUUUGAAAAAUGUUACAAAAUUAUCAUCGUGUUCAUAUUUGGGACAGCUGUCACUCAGCUUCUGACAGAAAUCGGCAAGUUCAGUAUCGGGAGACUCCGCCCACAUUUCUUCGCAGUGUGCAAACCAGACAUGGCAAACAUAGACUGCAACAGUGGCUAUAUCAUUGAUUUCACUUGUACAGGAACAAAUGCUCAUCAACUUCGUGAUAUGAGACUGUCCUUCCCUUCUGGCCAUGCUUCCAUAGCAGUCUACUGCAUGAUCUUCCUGAUGGUGUAUCUCCAGGCUCGACUGACUUCAGCCAGAACUAACCUGAUCCGCCCAGUUUUGCAGCUAGUGGCCUUCGGGCUUGCCUUCUUCACAUGUUUGUCACGGAUAUCAGACUACAAGCAUCACUGGAGUGAUGUGCUCGGUGGAGCUAUUCUUGGAACCCUCAUUUGCUGCCUUGUGAUAACAUUUAUGAGCAGUUUUCGCUUGGAGCGGAGGUCUGUGAUGAGAUUUUACAGAAGUCGCCAUGAGAAAAUACCUCUCUACCAUCAAAAUGGCCGCCAGGAGACUUCCUCUUCAGGCCCUAGCGAUGACACAGCAGAAAUGAACGAGGAGCUGACGCAUGUCAUUAGUCAUGUGAGCCAUGGCAAGUGAGGAUGUCAUGACUGUACAUGUGUGUCAUGCAACACGGUUGUGAUAAUCCUUGCCAGUAUAUGUGUCUUGUGGAGUGAAAUAUACGCCAUCAUGCAAACCUGUGAAAUGUGCCUGAGCUUUUGUGUUGUGAAUUAAAGUUAAAGAUAUCAUGAAAGUAGAAAUAGCAGUGUUCACUGUUAGCAGUUUAUCAUGCAAGGUUUGAAACUAAGUGACCGGCAUUGUAUAUUAUGUGUAUUUGAUAUUUAUUUGUCACUUAAGUUUCAAACAUUUUACUGCAUUCAUGGAAGAUCAUUCUAGGCAGCAUAUGUGAAUGUUUGUUUGAGGCUAGCCUGAUAAAUGUCUGCCCCACAGCUCAGUCAAAUGUAGGCUGAGGAUAACACGAGUAAAAGAUCUGUUUCCGGUGAACACAUUAUAUGAUAACUGAUUCUUCUCUGUUGCCAUGGUUUCCAUUGUUUUAACUGAAGCUCUAUUGGCUGAAACAUCUUUGCUAUUCAUGUACAAGUGAAUUUAUGUACACUUUUCAUGUUGCCAUUUUACAAUGUGAAUGAUUUCUAGCAUUUCCAUAUCAAAAAUAAAAUCAAAAGUCAAGAAAAGCUGGGGUAUGAACUCUGAACCUUCUAACUGCCAAGCAGUCAACAUUUUUAGUCUGGAGAGAGAAGGAUAUGGAGAGUCUUUGUGUGUAAAUAUUUUUCUUUGUAUGUUUUGAGUAAAGUAUACUAAAUAAAGUAUACUCGCUCGGAGUGGGGUAUCAAUUACUUAUUCAUCAUAUUUUCUUUAGUAUAUAAUCUUAUACAACUGUAUUAACACAUCUUAGGUGCAGCAAUGAAACUGUAGGCAGUAGAAGAUGUCAUGUAGAUUGAUGGAUUGUACAAGGGACUCCAUGAGACAAUGUCAACUGUAUGCACGACCGCCUGUCAGUGGACCACAGAUUUCUGUAUCUUGCACAAAAAAUAUCCCUAUAAGUGUUAUUUAUAUCAAAUAUGAUUAUUGCACAUAGUCAUUGACAAUCAUAUUUUACUGUAAUUGGCUGGUAUUGGGUUGGUGACAAGAUGUGCAGUGUGUGUUGGUAUGGUCAUUAUUACAAGUGACACUCACAGCCAUUAAGUACAUUCCUUAUAUAGAUUACAGUUGUUUUGUAUUCAGGUAAGCUUUCUUCUUAUGUUUCCCCAUUUCUGGUGUCCCCUCCCGUGAUGUUGCUGGAAUAUUGCUAAAAGCG